AGUACAUCGCACGUGUCGACGUACUUGUGGUUAUAUAUUACCAGCGCAAUCCCCGGGACUUCAAUUCAAAAUGGCGGACGCUGUGGACAUAGAUUUGUAUGCCGACGACGUGGACCAAGAAUUUAACCAGGAAGCUGAGCAGUACAACAGUGGCUCAGGCCAGGUUGACCUGUAUGAUGACGUCAUCACUACGCCGGCUGAUGGAGCUCCCGUUAGUGAAAGGAGGUUUUCUUCGGGGGAUGCCCGGCCAAAGCCUGCAUCAGCCACAGUUCAAAGGUCACCGUCCACAUCUGUCCCAUCCUACAGCGGCAAGAGGGUGUGCAUGUAUGUGGGCAACUUGACAUGGUGGACCACAGAUCAGGACCUAUCAGACGCCAUUCGUGACCUCGGGGUAAAUGACCUGAUCGAGAUCAAGUUCUUUGAGAAUCGUGCCAACGGCCAAUCCAAGGGCUACUCGGUGGUGCACGUGGGAUCGGAUCCUUCUUACCGGACUGUCAUGAACGGCCUCCCAAAAAAAGAGCUUCACGGUCAGAACCCCGUUGUGACUCCAUGCAACAGGCAGAGCCUCUCACAGUUUGAAAAUGCCUCUCGAAAGGCCCAAGGAGGUCAGAUGUCUGGCGACAGCCGUGCUGGACCGCCAAACGACCGCCGAGGUCCGUACCAGAAUCGCGAUGGUCCGCAGGGGGGACCUCCCCACCAAGGUCCCCCACCCCCAGGCAACCAAGGACCCCCACCGUUCCACGGUCCCAGUGGGCCAGGCCAAGGCCCACCCCCACCCUACGGGCCUGGGGGUGAUAGGUUCCCUGGGCCUGGGGGCCCGGGGGGACCACCACCCCAGGGACAGUUUCCUCCAGGACGUGGCGGUGGGCCACCACCACCCCGUGGUCCCCCACCCCCAGGCCCCCCUGGGCCAGGGUUCCAAGGACCCCCCAGGGGACCCCCUGGCCCUCCAGGCCCCCCUGGACCGGGCAUGCAGAGGCCUCCAAUGGGUGACAGGGGACCCCCUCCACAAGGGGGACCAGGCAUGCACCGUGGCCCACCACCCCCAGGCCCCCCUAUGCCAGGACCACCUCCCAUGGGGCCCUCCCAGGGACCUCCAGGACCUCAUCAUGGCCCACCUGGACCACCAGGCCCGCGAGGCCCCCCCAUGCAUGACCAGAGAGGACCUCCACCACACCCCCAAGGUCCAAUGGGCCACCAGGGGCCCCCACCCCAAGGCCCCCCUCCGCCCCACAUGGGUGGGCCCAGACCCCCACAUGGCGGACCCCCUGGACCACCACCUCAACAGGGGCCUCCUAAUUUUGGAGGACCCCCUAACCAGGGUCCACCUAUGGGACCCAUGCACCAGCAAGGGCCACCCAACCAGGGGCCACCACCUCAGGGGCCACCUCACCACGGUGGACCUCCCCAGUUUGGUGGACCACCACCUCAGCAAGGAGGCCCUCCUAUCCGCGGGCCUCCUCAGGGCCCGCCCCCUCAUAACAUGCAGCAGGGACCUCCACAAGGGCCUCCUCCGCCUCGUCCAGGCCCGCCAAUGCAGGGAGCACCCCCACCCAUGCAAGGUGGACCCCCCAUGCAAGGUGGCCCCCCAAUGCAAGGCGGCCCCCCCAUGCAGGGUGGACCCCCCAUGCAAGGAGGACCCCCCAUGCAAGGAGGACCCCCCAUGCAGGGUGGACCCCCCAUGGGACACGGUCCUUCUAUGGACAACGCCCCACCCAUGCAAGGUGGACCUCAUGGCCCACCUCCCCAGCAGCAACAACAAGGGGUUCCCCCCAUGCAUCCCGGGGGCGCGCCCUCGGGCGGGUUUGGGGCGCCUCCGAUGCAGCAGGGACCCCCUCCUCAGAGCAGUGGUCCUCCGAUGGGUCAGGGUCAACCUCAGGGGCCGUCGCCUCAUGUCAACCCGGCGUUCUUUCAGGGGCAGCAAGGACCUCCGCAGCCUGAAAGACAGAGCUAUGACCAGGGUCCGUCUCGUCAGAGCUUUGAGAGGGAUCAGUACAGAGCCUCAGCAGAACGUAGCCAAGGCUCAGCGCCUCCAGCAGAGAACGGCAACUUCAUACGGAGGCAGGACGGCCCACCGCCGCCUCAGGCUCCUCAGAUGAGCGAGACGGAGUUUGAGGAGAUCAUGAGCCGUAAUCGUACCGUCUCUAGUAGCGCCAUCUCAAGCGCUGUCAUGGAUGCCAGCAAAGCCAAUUACCCCAGUGCCAUCGAGACCUUAGUGACAGCCAUUUCACUCAUCAAGCAGUCCAAGGUCUCCACCGACGACCGGUGUAAGGUCCUGGUCAGUUCACUCCAGGAUUGCCUGCAUGGCAUCGAGUCUAAGUCCUACGGCUCCUCAUCCAGGCGCAAAGAACGGAGCUCACGGGAGCGUGACGAGAGCCGUCACCGCAACCGCGAGUCCAAGAGCUCUCGUCACAAGGAGCGUCGGGAACGAUCACGUAGCCGGGACCGUGAGUAUCGCGAUCGCAGCCGGGAGCGCAGCAGCAACGAUUACUCCUCGUCGACUAGAGAGAGAGGGGACCGAGAAAGGGAGAGGGAUCGUGACCGUGAUCGCGAGUAUCGCCGCCGCUAGGACGUCGCAUCCUGUUAGCGACACUGAGGAAGUAUCUGACAUCAUGAACAAGGAAUUCGUCAUCACUCUAUUUCACAAUUGUAUGUGUAACCUGCUAAAGAAAACGCCCACUGUGUUGGGAAAUCAAACUGUGACUCGUGAACUUAACAUUUAUCAACUGUAGCAUUAGUUAUCUGGUAUGCUUUAUGGGGCAAAUUUUAGAACAAUUUCUUGUGAAUUUUAUUGUGUUCAGUUCUGCACACCCUGUGAAAAGACACAAAAGGGUCUCUGUUUUUGGCUGUGAAAUUUCAAAUGUUGUAAAUGUACAUAGUUUUUAGGCUUUGUCGCAUUUGAUUUUUUUUUGUAUCGGAGGAAAAUUUUCAAAGCUUGGUUGUACAUACUUACCAGACUUUUCAAGAGGCAAAAUUAGCAUGAAGCAAUGUCAUAUGAAAUGUAAAACAAAAACCAAAAAUUGAAAUUUGGAACUUUGGGAACUGGACCUUGGAAAGUUUCGUGGAAUUUUGGACGACCUGGAACAAGGCUUGGAACCACAAGUCGUCUCGGACGUUUGAAUCUCACCCAAGCGAGUUGUUCAAUGUGAGCAGUUGUGUGCAUCAGCAACAUCAUCAGCAAGAGCAACAUCAACAGCAAUAGGAAGAGCAUAGUGUAAAGGUCAGCCAAGUAUCAACCACGUCACCGGAAGACAAGACGGCUCCUGCAAGACGUGUGGAGAGACACACCCUCUAGAGGCACUCGGAAAGAAAACCACCAAUGACGUCAUCAGUCGCCAAAUCUGACAAGACCAGUCUUUCAAACAAGUCCGUAAGAAAUUGAUCUUUUAAAUAUUUUUGUUCUGCAUGCUUAAUAGCUUAACUUCUUUUAUUGUUUGUAUCAUGAAUUCUUGUUCUUAAUUUUAUCACGCGGAAAUGUGGUUUCUAAUUUCAGAAAGUAGCUUGGAAAGAAAAGUUGUAUAUACAUUGUCCACGUAACGACUCACGAAUAUUCACCACAUCGCUGCACAGUAAUGCCAAAAGUUGAUUUGUUAUAUUUGAAAUUGGGUAAAAUGUAAUUGGUUUCUGAUAUACCCAAUCAGACUGUAGCUGCCGUCUUCAAAAAAGUCAUCAUGAGGAGUCAGCCAUUUCUUUAAACCAGUCAUUUACACUUUGACCUUUCGCUUUUUGUUUGUGUUUUCUGAUAUAAUUUUGUGUACAUUUUUAGAAACUGUAAUGGCGUUUUUCUCCGUGCAAAAUUUUGCUCUAACUUAUAUGAAGUGGUCAAUUUGUUUCCACAAGAUGGGUAACUUUCUUCACAUUAAUGACUAAAAAAAACCCCCACAAUAUAUCACCUGAGCUAAGCUGUAAGGUAUGUGGUAUGCAUGUGAUUACCCCAAAUAUCAAAAACUUUUGAUUUUUAUUGGUAUCAAAAAUAAUACUGACAUAAUACAUUUACAUUUACCACAAGAAUGGCCAAAACUUGAUUACAUAAUGGCUGAUGACCAUGCAGUACGUACCUCAAUUUUCGAUUCUCGUUAGAGCAAAAUUUUCAAGGAAAUCCUUUUUAACCGUAAGCGUAUAUUAAUCAGUUCUAGUAAAUGUAGAAUAAAUUGCUUAACUGUUGCCGGUAACUUGAUUGCAA